UGAAGUUCCGCGUUGGAGAUGCCCAACCGAUCAAAAGCGACGACGUGGAGUGGAACUCUUCCCAAACACACAAAGUCCACGAGCAAACAAAGCCACCCUCCCUGUUCUUUCUGCCUACCUACCCCUACCCCCUCCCCCUCACCUCACGAACAGAUACCAAAUCGUACCCAGAUCACAAAGGGACAGAUUUUUGUCACUUGUAUGCAAAAUCGCCUCCUCCCGAUCCGCGUCCCCUCCCUCACCAAGCUCACAGCUCUCAGAUUUGCGAAACAUAUGGCUUCAAAUACUGGCAAGAAGCUCAUUCAGAUCGACGUGAGCUCGGAUACAGUGUGCCCUUGGUGCUUUGUUGGGAAAAAGAAUCUUGAGAAAGCUAUGGAGCAAACCAUGGACAAGUUCGAUUUCGAGGUUCGUUGGCAUCCAUUUUUUCUGAAUCCUGAUGCGCCUAAGGAAGGUGUCAAGAAAUCUGAUUUCUACAAGACCAAGUUUGGCCCAGUUCAGUUCGAGCGUGCAACUGCUCGCAUGAGAGAGAUGUUCCGAGGACUUGGCUUUGAGUAUGACAUGUCAGGACUCACAGGGAAUACAAUGGACAGCCAUAGGCUCAUAACACUUGCCGGACACCAAGGCUAUGACAAACAAAAUGCUCUUGUAGACGAAUUAUUCGUCAAUUAUUUUUGCCAAGGAAAAUACAUUGGUGAUAGGCAAGUUCUUAUGGAUGCUGCAAGAAAGGUGGGCAUAGAAGGAGCAGAAGAACUGCUGCUGGACGCCAGUAAAGGAGUCGAUGAGGUUAAGGAAGAACUCAACAAGCACUCUUCUGGCAUUUCUGGAGUUCCUCACUUUGUGAUCAAUGGAAAAUAUCAACUCAGUGGUGGUCAGCCUCCAAACGUAUUCAUGAGGGCAUUCGAGACGGCUGCGAAAGAUGCAGAUGAAUGAUUGUUCAAGGAACUUCUUUACAGAUUAACCUAGCAUGCUGUCUCAGUACUUGUAAGGAAGAAGUUACAAGUCAUUUACGGUUUCAUUAUGAAAAAGAUAAUUUAUGAUUGCAGUAA